CCCAGGUCAGAGGAGCUGCGGGAAGCAGGUCUCACUCUGCUCUGCCAGACCUGCUCACCCGUGGAGGAGAACAGAGAGCCCUGGAAGGUGGAAAGAGAGGAAACAGUAGCAAAAGAUCCAGGGCAAGAAGGGGCCCAAUCAUUGUUACUGAAACAGAAACUCGGAGCAGAGCAACAAGAAGAAAUGGCCACUUCUCCUGUAAAUACAUCCCAGGGUCUGCUAACUUUUGGGGAUGUGGCUUUGGACUUCUCCCAGGAUGAGUGGGAAUGCCUGGACUCUGCUCAGAGGGCUUUGUACAUUGAUGUGAUGUUGGAGAAUUAUAGCAACCUGGUCUCUGUGGAGAACCAUUGCCUGUGUGGUAAAUUCGAGAAGGUCUUGGAUCAAGACUCUAACUACAUUGUCCAUCAGCAUGUGAAUAUCCAAGAGAAGUCCUCCAAAUAUAAUCAGCCUGGCAAAAUGAUUCCUGAAUCCUCCCAGUGUACCCCUUAUAACACAAGUGAUGCUGCAGAAAACUGCAUCAACUACACAUGUGGUAACCACAGGGAUGCCUCUACUGAAUCAUCAAACCUAAACAGGCAUAAAAGUGGAGAAGACCUUUUCAAAUAUAAAGAGUAUGACAAAUGUUUAAGCUUAUGUUCCAAUAUUAGUCUAACUCAGAGUAUCCACACUCUGAGAAUAGAGCACGAGCAUACAGAAAGUGAUAAACUUUUGGGCUCUGCACACAGUCUUGUGCAACAAAGAAUUCAUAGUGGAGAGAAAGCACACAACUGGGGGAAAUGGUUCAGGAGCUGCUCAAACCUCAGUACACAUCAGAGACUUCAUACUGGAGAGAAACCAUGGAAAUGUAAAGAAUGCGGUAAGUCCUUUAAGUGGUUGUCUCACCUUAAAACCCAUUGCAGAAUCCACACUGGAGAGAAACCUUACAAAUGUAAUGAAUGUGAUAAGGGCUUUUCUCGGUUAUCUAGACUUAAAAGCCAUUACAGAAUCCACACUGGAGAGAAACCUUAUAAAUGUGAGGAAUGUGGUAAGUGUUUUUCUCGAUUAUCGAGACUUAAAAGCCAUUACAGGAUCCAUACUGGAGAGAAACCUUACAAAUGUAAGGAAUGUGGCAAAGCCUUUGCCCACUGCACGGGUCUUAGUACACAUCAGAAAAUUCAUACUGGGGAGAAACCCCACAAAUGCAAAGACUGUGGUAAAGCCUUUUAUCUGUUGUCAACACUUAAGGAACAUUACAGAGUCCACACUAGAGAGAAGCCUUACAAGUGCAAAGAAUGUGGUAAGUUCUUUCAUUGGUUGUCAGGCCUUAAAAGCCACUACAGGAUUCACACUGGAGAGACGCCUUACAAAUGUGGGGAAUGUGACAAAUCAUUUUCUCAGUUGUCAAGACUUAAAAGCCAUUAUAGAACCCAUAGUGGAGAGAAAUCUUGCAAAUGUGUAGACUGUGACAAAUGCUUUACCCGCUGCACAGCUCUUAAAAGACACCAGAAAAUUCAUGCUGAUGAAAAACCCUACAAAUGUGAGGAGUGCAGCAAGUGUUUUUAUGUGUUGUCACACCUUAAAAGCCAUUGUAGAACCCAUACUGGAGAGAAACCUUACAAAUGUGAGGAAUGUGGUAAGUGUUUUUCUCAGUUGUCAAAACUUAAAAACCAUUACAGAAUCCAUACUGGAGAGAAACCUUACAAAUGUAAGGAAUGUGACAAAUCCUUUACCCACUGCACAGCUCUUAGUACACAUCAGAAAAUUCAUACCGGGGAGAAACCUUACUCAUGCAAAGACUGUGGAAAAGCCUUUUAUUUGUUGUCAAGACUUAAGGAACAUUACAGAGUCCACACUGGAGAGAAACCUUACAAGUGCAACGAAUGUGGUAAGUUCUUUCAUUGGUUGUCAAACCUUAAAAGACAUUCCAGAAUCCACACUGGAGAGAAACCUUACAAAUGUGGAGAAUGUGACAAAUCCUUUACCCACUGCUCGAGUCUUAAGGCUCAUCAGAAAAUUCAUGCUGGGGUGAAACCCUACAAGUGUGAAGUAUGUGGCAAGUCCUUUUAUUGGUUGUCAAACCUUAAAACCCAUUCCAGAAUCCACACUGGAGAGAAACCUUACAAAUGUGGAGAAUGUGACAAAUCCUUUACCCAGCGAUCUCUUCUUACAAAGCACAACAGGAUCCAUACUGGAGAAAAACAUGAACAUAAGAAACUUGUAAGAGCUUUUAAGGAAUGAUUAAAUCAUAGAAAUCCCAAGAAUUUAUACUGAAGAAAAAUUCUUCAACUGUAGCAAUAUUUUAAAAUUAUUCAUAAGAAUGUUUUACUUGUUCAACCUCAAAAAAAUCAUGAGGACAAAUCAUGAGAAAAUUAAUACCAGAAAGAAACUACUUUUGUGAAAUCCUCAUGUCUUGUACAUUAGGAAUUUCAUAUCUUGUAAUUCCAUGUUAGAGAGCCCAAGAACUGCACUGAAUUUUUUUUAAGUUUUUACCUGGUGUUAAGAUUAUAGCUACAUCUGAAAACUCAUCCUGAAAGGAAAACCCAGAAAACUCCUAGCAAGAGCGUGAGAAACGUUAAAGACAUAACCUAUAAAUGUGACACAUGUACAUGCAUAUGCACAGCUAGGAAAUCCCCAAAAGUAUGCAGGAACACCAUUUUUCAGUACUCAAGAAAGUUGGAGAAGUAUUUACUCCAACUGAAAAGCACAGUGAUUCACAUAGAAACACUAAGACACAAUCGACAUUAGACAAACAAGCGUGUUACAAAGAAGAAAAGCAAGUGAGUAAGUGAAUUUGUCCUGUAUUUGAGUGGAGGAAGACAAUUUUAUUUGAGUAAUAUAAUAUUAUUCUUACCGACAUUUUGGUAAUACUACUAUUGGAAUUUGCUGAAAUGUAAACACAGUGGUUUGUUUAAACUUGGAUACCAUGCUCUCUUGCUUACAGAUGAUUUUAUGAUAACGUGUAUCAGUUGUUGGUGCAUCAGUGCUGAUGAACCUGAGAACAGGCAUCAGGGAAGUUAGUUAGUUAGGGACUGGUCACUAACCAUCUGUGGGCACAGAUCAAAUGGACAGACUCCUGAGGGCAAAUUCAGAGGAUCCUUGGGUCAAAGCUCUUCUUCGUACAGAUUCUGCACAGACCAAGGCCCCUCUGCUUGGUGACCUUUUGGUAACUACACUGGUUCAUGACAGUGUUCCAUGCCAAGGAGAAUUCUGUCAUUGUGUGCCUGUGAAGACUACUCCUUUUUUGUAUGUGGAGCUGAGGAUCAAACCCAGGGCUUUGCGCU